AUGAAUGCUACAAGUGAUGAGGUAAGUCCCAAUUUUAACAACCGAUUUCAAACUGUCACAGACCUAUGUCUGUUUUAGUCUAGGACACCAGACACUUCCGCCUGGGGAUGAGGUUAUGUCUGUAUAACAACAAGGCAACUACUAUGAAUUUGACUAAAUCCCAUGUCAUGUCCAUAUCUCCAUUCAGUAGAUAGUGUAUGCUCUGUCUCACUCACUCAUCUCUCCCACUUAACCCCAUCAGCAGUCAGGAGAGACAGAGGACGGGGAACCAGACCUGCUGAUCAUCAAGGAAGAGGGAGAAGCAGAUGACCAGGACUCUAGGACCAGCCACACAGCCAGAACAGUGGAGGGCAGCAGAGAGCUAACCACCCAACCGGCUGCAGCCACCACAGAGGACCCCGCCUUCCAGCCCAGAGGCAACAUCAACACCACUAUGGAGGUCAGUGGAUCUGAGGCCGUUCUCCUCCAAUCAGAAACAGGGAAUGUGAUCCAGGGACCCAAGCAACACACAGGAUUUGAAUCCAGAGCAGAGAAACAGAGUCUGGACACAAAGUGUGAUAUGAGCGGGGGCCUCACUCUCCUAAGAGAUUCUUUAAACCAGGUGUGGAGAGAGGUAGUAGUGACUGAUGAUGGUGCCUCUGCUGCUCAUACUAAAGUAAUGGACCUAGGGAGUGGCUCAGUGGGCCCAGAAACACAGACUAGCUCUGCCAUAGAAAUGAGAAGUGUAGGGUUAGAAAACCACAGGUUCCAUUCCUCAUCAGAACAUGUGAUAGUGAUUGACUCUGUAUCCAGUGGGAAGCAGGUAGAUAGAGAUUUUGAGUGGGGUCAGGUGGGUACAGCUACUACACAGGUCAAUGGGACUGGACAUAAGCAGGGAGUGGGAGUGUUUAACAGAAACGCACCAAUGAUUCACCCCGAUUCGAUGAGAGACAACACAACGCUAUUGGUUUCACCCGGCUUCUGGCCCACAGAGAAAAAUACAGGCACCACUGGCACAGGAAAUGCAGGUGAGGCCAACAAAGCUAGUUGGUGCCCGUUGGCAAGCCUCCAUAGACACUCUGAAAUACCAGGAAGAGGAGCUCAAGAACCAGCUUAUACCUCACUUCCUGACGGUUAUUUUAGACCAAGCACCACAACUUCCUCUCACUCUAGUAAUUUCGCCACAGACGUUAGACCUGGUACCGUAGAACGACCGUACGGUUGCCCAAGCUGCAAUAAGAAGUUUGUCCACGAGAGUGACUUGCGGCAGCACGCUAUCAUCCACACCAGAAAGCGGGCGUUCGCCUGUACCUUGUGUGAGAAGAGCUUUGUGUCCCCGAGCAAGCUCCAAGUGCACCAGAAUGUACACACCGGGGAGAAGCCCUUCAGUUGUGCACAGUGCGGGCGCAGGUUCUCCCACUCCAGCAAUCUGAAAAGACAUCAGAAGCUUCAUCAUUGAGAACUGACACAGAUAGGGCCGUGACGGUCAAGGAAUUUUGGAUGACUGUAAUUGGUCAGCCAAAUGACCACGGUCUCCGUUAUAACCGUUUGAUUUGCAAAUUUUCUCCUUUGCUCCUGACUUGUUUCAGCAAGGAGCAACAACGUUUCAUCAAGUUGGAGAGUCCACAUUACAGCCGAAACCAUAGAGAUCCUAUUAAAUUACUAGAGGGGCUAUGUCAUAAACCGACUAGGUGAAAAAAUCUGUCGAUGUGCCCUUGAGCAAGGCACUUAACCCUAAUUGCUCCUGUAAGUCGCUCUGGGUAAGAGCGUCUGCUAAAUGACUAAAAUGUCAAAUGUAAAUGUAAUAAACCCUCAAAGUUCUAGAAUGGUUGUCACUCGGUACUACAGCCACAAAGUCAAAAUUGGUUAUAUCGUAAAGAUUCAUGAAAAAUAAAAUUAGCUUUUUGUUUGAAUUUAAGGUUAUGGUUAGAAGUGUGGUUAAGGUUAGGGUUAGUUUUAAAAUAACAUUUUAAUUAGAGAAAUUGUAGCAUUAGGCAGGGUUUAUGACUUUGUGGCUGUGGUCACUAGUUAUGACCUUCUAGAAUGAGGUGAAUAUGGCAUCCAUUGUGGUCAGGGAGAAAUCCAAACCAGUCUAAUUUGAGUGAUUGGCAGUAGAGGCAGAGGUGAUGCAUUUCCUGGUUUUACUUAUGUAGGAAAAAUAAAAGUAAGGUAUGUGAUAUCAGAAAUUGUGUUAUAGAAUUAUUGUUAACCUAAAAUAUUGUCAUAUAAUUAUAAAUACAGUUUAAACAGGUUGUAUACACUUUCUGUUCCAAUGUCUCAAUGUUUCUUUUCUUGGAAACCUGUGAAUGUUAUAUUAUGAUACAAUAUCAGUACUUGUUGCAUUUACAACUUGUCAAAGUCCAUCAUCAACAGAUUUCAGCCAGUAUAUGGCUGUGGAUUGACUGCAUUGUUUGUAUAGAAUGUUGGCAGUUAAUUUGAACAAUUAUUGGAAAUCAUUCAACUUAAACUGGCUGGCUAGCUAGCUAAUAAACAUACUGUGCAGAUCAUCUUCAGAUUCAUUGUUUUACACAACAUCUUAUCGCAGCACACUGGCUGACCAUGGUUGACCAACUCCCUGACCAAAAUGGCUGACAUUUUAUACUGUCAUAAGACCUCUCAUGUCCAUUCUUGUAUUCUAAUUCCUAAUUAUAUGGCAGAAACUGACUCAACCACACAAAUGCCCGGCCGUCCCGUUUUCAGUCAGCAGUUAGUUCCACAAAAAUAAAAAAUAUAUGAAUAAUAUAUAUAUAUAAGAGCAUCUGCUAAAUGACUAAAAUGUAAAUGUUAAUGUUAAUGGUUUAUUACAUUUUCAUGACAGCCUUCAUCCAUAGCCAUCAGUUAUACGGUAAUUGUGCCAUCCCUAGACACAGAAGCAAGAGAUUCCUAUGGAAAAAAGCUAUGGAUUAGCUUGAUGUCAGUUAGGUUACACUAUGAAAGUCCUGCCUACUUCCUGGAUCAUGUCCCUCGCUGUUUUUGAAUGGGAUUCAAGAGUAAAUAUACCAAUUCAUGAAAACACGUUUUUUUAAGAUACAGUGCAUUCGGAAAGUAUUCAGACCCCUUGACUUUUUCCACAUUUUGUUAUGUUACAGCCGUAUUCUAAAAUGGAUUAAAUACAUUUUUCCCCCUCAUAAAUCUACACACAAUACCCCAUAAUGACACAAAAAAAAAAAAAGGUUUUUAGAAUUUUUGCAAAUGUAUUACAAAAAAAAAAAAAACGAAAUACCUUGCUAUGAGACUCGCAAUUGAGCUCAGGUGCAUCCUGUUUCCAUUGAUCAUCCUUGAGAUGUUUCUACAACUUCAUUGGAGUCCACCUGUGGUAAAUUCAAUUGAUUGGACAUGAUUUGGAAAGACACACACCUGUCUAUAUAAGGUCCCACAGUUGACAGUGCAUGUCAGAGCAAAAACCAAGCCAUGAAGUGGAAGGAAUUGUCCGUGGAGCUCCGAGAUAGGAUUGUGUAGAGCUACAGAUCUGGGGAAGGGUAACAAAAAAAUUCUAACCAUUGAAGGUCCCCAAGAACACAGUGGCCUCCAUCAUUCUUAAAUGGAAGAUGUUUGGAACCACCAAAGACUCUACCUAGAGCUGGCCGCCUAGCCAAACUGAGCAAUUGGGGGAGAAGGCCCUUGGUCAGGGAGGUGACCAAGAACUCGAUGGUCACGCUGCCAGAGCUCCAAAGUUCCUCUGUAGAGAUGGGUUAAACUUCCAGAAGGACAACCAUCUCUGCAGCACUCCACCAAUCAGGCCUUUAUGAUAGAGUGGCCAGACGGAAGCCACUCCUCAGUAAAAGGCACAUGACAGCCUGCUUGGAGUUUGCCAAAAGGCACCUAAAAACUCUCAGACCAUGAGAAACAAGAUUCUCUGGUCUGAUGAAACCAAGACUGAACACUAUGGCCUGAAUGCCAAGCGUCACGUCUGGAGGAAACCUGGCACCAUCCCUACGGUGAAGCAUGGUGGUGGCAGCAUUAUGCUGUGGGUAUCUUUUUCAGUGGCAGGGACUGGGAGACUAGUCAGGAAUGAGGGAAAGAUUAACGGAGCAAAGUACAGAGAUCCUUGAUGAAAACCUGCUCCAGAGCGCCAGGACCUCAGACUGGGGCAAAGGUUCACCUUCCAACAAGACAACUACCCUAAGCACACAGCCAAGACAACGCAGGAGUGGCUUCGGGACAAGUCUCUGAAUGCUCGAGUGGCCCAGCCAGAGCCAGGACUUGAACCCAAUCGAACAUCUCUGGAGAGACCUGAAAAUAGCUGUGCAGCGACGCUCCCCAUCCAACCUAACAGAGCUUGAGAGGAUCUGCAGAGAAGAAUGGGAGAAACUCCCCAAAUACAGGUGUGCCAAGCUUUUAGCGUCAUACCCAAGAAGACUUGAGUCUGUAAUCGCUGCCAAAGGUGCUUCAACAAAGUACUGAGGAAAGGGUCUGAAUACUAUUUCCGUGUUUUAUUUUUUUUAUACAUUUUCAAACAUUUCUCAACCUACUUUUGCUUUGUCAUUAUGGAGUAUUGUGUGUAGAUUGAUGAGGGGAGAAAAAAAAACUAUUUAAUCAAUUUUAGAAUAAGGCUGUAACCUAACAAAAUGGGGAAAAGUCAAGGAGUCUAAAUACUUUCCGAAUGCACUGUAUAUGUAAAAUUAUAUUCGUAUUAGUGUAUUAUUUUACUUCUACCCAAUGUCUUUAUGAAGGUUUUUGCACAAAAUACAAACGGUGGAGUUUACCCUGCACUACACCACUGAUUAUAACACAAUAACAACAAGGCAACUACUAUGAAUUUUACUAAAUCCCAUGUCAUGCCCAUAUCUCCAUUCAGUAGAUAGUGUAUGCUCUGUCUCACUCACUCAUCUCUCCCACUUAACCCCAUCAGCAGUCAGGAGAGACAGAGGAAGGGGAACCAGACCUGCUGAUCAUCAAGGAAGAGGGAGAAGCAGAUGACCAGGACUCUAGGACCAGCCACCCAGCCAGAACAGUGGAGGGCAGCAGAGAGCUAACCACCCAACCGGCUGCAGCCAUCACAGAGGACCCCGCCUUCCAGCCCAGUGGCCCCAGAGUUAACAACUACAACAUCCACACUGCUAUGGAGGUCAGUGGAUCUGACGUCGUCGUCCUCCAAUCAGAAACAGGGAAUGUGAUCCAGGGACCCCAGCAGUUUACAGGAUUUGAACCCAGAGCAGAGAGACAGAGUCUGGACACAAAGUGGGACGUGAACGAAAUGCAGACUAGCUCUGCCAUAGAAAUGAGAAGUGUAGGGUUAGAAAACCACAGGUUCCAUUCCUCAUCAGAACAUGUGAUAGUGAUUGACUCUGUAUCCAGUGGGAAGCAGGUAGAUAGAGAUUUUGCGUGGGGUCAGGUGCGUACAGCUACUACACCACAGGUCAAUGGGACUGGACAUAAGCAGAGAGUGGGAGUGUUUAACAGAAACGCACCAAUGAUUCGCCCUGUACACCACGAAUCGAUGAGAAACAACACUACGCAAUUGGUUUCACCCACAGAGUUAAAUAGAAGCAUCCAUCUUGACACAGGAAAUGCAGGUGAGGCCAACAAAGCUAGUUCGCGCUCGUUGGCAACCCUCCAUAGACACUCUGAAAUACCAGGAAGAGGAACUCAACAACCAGCUCAUACCUCACUUCCUGUUGGCCAUUUUAGACCAAGCGCCACAACUUCCUGUCACUCGAGUAAUCUUGCUACACACAUUAGACCAGGCACCAUAGAAAGACGGUACGGUUGCCCGAGCUGCCAUAAGAAGUUUGUUCACGAGAGCGACUUGCGGCAGCACGCUGUUGUCCACAGCAGAAAGCGGGUGUUCGCCUGCACCUUGUGUGAGAAGAGCUUUGUGUCCCCCAGCAAGCUCCAAGUGCACCAGAAUGUACACACUGGGGAGAAGCCCUUCAGUUGUGCACAGUGCGGGCGCAGGUUCUCCCAAUCCAGCAAUCUGAAAAGACAUCAGAAGCUUCAUCAUUGAGAACUGACACAGAAGCAAGAGAUUCCUAUUGAAAUAAACCGUUAUAGCAAUAUCAUGAGUUCAAACGUAAUUUCUUCUAAUGUAGUCAUAUGUCUGCAGGAUGUUUGCCUUGGUCUCAUACGUUAACAAUACAAUGUGGUUCAUAUUUACAUUAUCUACAAAGAUACGUUUUCUUGGCUCCGUUAAGGCCAACAGCAUCACUCACAUUGACUGUUAAGGUUGAUAAUGGUUCAAUAUAGGUGCCUCAGACUAAAGAUAUAGCAGAUACUGACAUUGUACUGUGAGAGUGAAAAACAUUCUGUUCUUUUGUUCCAAUUUUACCAAUGGUUAUUCCUGUUUAUCAAUUCCUAUAAUUCCAUAAAUAAUAUUUUUCAAAGAAUUCCAUGGUGCUUCUUGACCCUGUAUAGGGUGACCCUAAAUAUAGAUUGAUCCUAUAUAUGUGUGUGUAUAUAUGUGUGUGUAUAUAUGUUUGUGUGUAUAUAUAUAUAUAUAUAUAUAUAUAUAUAUAUACACACAGUGGGGAGAACAAGUAUUUUAUACACUGUCGAUUUUGCAGGUUUUCCUACUUACAAAGCAUGUAGAGGUCUGUAAUUUUGAUCAUAGGUACACUUCAACCGUGAGAGACGGAAUCUAAAACAAAAAUCCAGAAAAUCACAUUGUAUGAUUUUUAAGUCAUUCAUUUGCAUUUUAAUGCAUGACAUAAGUAUUUGAUACAUCAGAAAAGCAGAACUUAAUAUUUGGUACAGAAACCUUUGUUUGCAAUUACAGAGAACAUACGUUUCCUGUAGGUCUUGACCAGGUUCGCACACACUGCAGCAGGGAUUUUGGCCCACUCCUCCAUACAGACCUUCUCCAGAUCCUUCAGGUUUCGGGGCUGUCGCUGAGCAAUACGGACUUUCAGCUCCCUCCAAAGAUGUUCUAUUGGGUUCAGGUCUGGAGACUGGCUAGGCCACUCCAGGACCUUGAGAUGCUACGGAGCCACUCCUUAGUUGCCCUGGCUGUGUGUUUCGGGUCGUUGUCAUGCUGGAAGACCCAGCCACGACCCAUCUUCAAUGCUGAGUGUGUGGACAGGUGUAUUUUAUACAGGUAACAAGUUCAAACAGGUGCAGUUAAUACAGGUAAUGAGUGGAGAACAGGAGAGCUUCUUAUAGAAAAACUAACAGGUCUGUGAGAGACGGAAUUCUUACUGGUUGGUAGGUGAUCAAAUACUUAUGUCAUGCAAUAAAAUGCAAAUGAAUUACUUAACAAUCAUGCAAUGUGAUUUUCUGGAUUUUUGUUUUGGAUUCCGUCUCUCACAGUUGAAGUGUACCUAUGAUAAAAAUUACAGACCUCUACAUGCUUUGUAAGUAGGAAAACCUGCAAAAUCGGCAGUGUAUCAAAUACUUGUUCUCCCCACUGUAUAUAUAUAUUUCCUCUACAUAUAUAUUGCCCCUAAAUAUAGAUUUACCCUAUAUAGAUGUACCCUAAAUAUACACUGACUGUACAAAACAUUAGGAACACCUUUUCCCAUGACAGACUGACCAGGUGAAUCCAGGUGAAAGCUAUGAUCCCUUAUUGAUGUCACCUGUUAAAUCCACUUCAAUCAGUGUAGAUGAAGGGGAAGAGACCAGUUAAAGAAGGAUUUUUAAGCCUUGAGACAUGACUUGUGUAAGUGUGCCAUUCAGAGGGUGAAUGGGCAUGACAAAAGAUUUGUGUUUUAAUUUGAGGGUAUUUACAUCCAAAUCAGGUGAACUGUGUAGGAAUUACAGCACUUUUUAUAUGUGGUCAGCCCCUUUUUAAGGGACCAAAAGUAAUUGGACAAUUGGCUGCUCAGCUGUUCCAUGGCCAGGUGUGUGUUAUUCCCUCGUUAGUUAAUUUACAAGUAAGCAGAUAAAAGGUCUAGAGUUGAUUUCAAGUGUGGCAUUUGCAUUUGGAAUCUGUUGCUGUUAACCCUCAAUUUGAAGUCCAAAGAGCUGUCACUGCCAGUGAAGCAAGCCAUCAUUAGGCUGAAAAAUCUAAAACCCAUAAGUGCGAGAGCAAAAACAUUAGGUGUGGCCAAAUCAACUAUUUGGUGCAUUCUUAAAAAGAAAGAAUGCACUGGUAAGCUCAGGAACACCAAAAUGCCUGGAAGACCAUGGAAAAUAACUGUGGUGGAUGACAUUAUUUCCCUAUUGAAGAAAAACCCCUUCACAACAGUUGGCAAGAUCAAGAACACCCUCCAGGAGGUAGGCGUAUCUGUGUCAAAGUCAGACUUCACCAGAGUAAAUACAGAGGGUUUACCACCAAGAUGUAAACCAUUGGUAAGCCUCAAAAACAGGAAGACCAGAUUAGCGUUUGCCAAAAAACAUCUAAAAAAAAGCCAGUACAGUUCUGGAACAACAUCCUAUGGACAGAUGAGACAACGAUCAACUUGUACCCGAAUGAUGGGAAGAGAAGACUAUGGAGAAGGGAAGGAACUGCUCAUGAUCCAAAGCAUACCACCUCAUCUGUGAAGCAUGGUGGAGGUAGUGUUAUGGCGUGGGCAUGUAUGGCUGCCAAUGGAACGGGUUCCCUUGUAUUUAUUGAUGAUGUGACUGCUGACAAAAGCAGCAGGAUGAAUUAUGAAGUGUUUAGGGCUAUAUUACCUGCUCAGAUUCAGCCAAAUGCUUCCAAACUCAUUGGACGGUGCUUCACAGUGCAGAUGGACAAUGACCCAAAGCAUUCUGCGAAAGCAACCCAAUACUUUAAGGCAAAUAAGUGGAAUGAUCUGCAAUGGCCAAGUCAAUCACCUGACCUGAAUCCCAUUGAGCAUGCAUUUCACUUGCUGAAGGCAAAACUGAAGGCAAAACACCCCAAGAACAAGCAGGAACUGAAGACAGCUGCAGUAAAGGCAGAGCAUCACCAGGGAAGAAACCCAGCAUCUGGUGAUGUCUAUAGGUUCCAGACUUCAGACAGUCAUUGACUGCAAAGGAUUUGCAACCAUGUAUUAAAACUCACAAUUUAAUUUAUGAUUAUGUUAGUUUGUCCAAUUACUUUUGAGCCCCUAAAAUUGGAGGGCUAUGUAUAAAAAUGGUUGUAAUUCCUACACAGUUCAUACAAUAAUUUUGACAAAACCCUUACAUUAAAGAUGAAAGUCUACAUCUUGAUUGUUUCCUUUUAAAUCCAUUGUGGUGGCGUACAGAGCCAAAAUGAUGCAAAUUGUGGCCCUAUAUAGAUUAACCCUUUAUAUAGAUUGAACCUAAAUAUAUAUUGACCCUAAAUAUACACUCACCGGCCAGUUUAUUAGGCACACCACCCCGUUCACAAAAAUGGAUCGUUCCUACAGACUGAGUCACGUGGCCGUGACUUGCUAUAUAAAGCAGGCAGACAGGCAGAGGCAUUCAGUUACUGUUUGAUUAAAGGUUUGAAUGGGCAAAACGAGUGAACAAAACGAGUGAACCUCCUGGGCUUUUCACGCACGACAGUGUCUAGGGUUUCCAGAGAAUGGUGCGACAAACAAAAAAUAUCCUCGCUCUACAUUUUGAGUGUCAGGGGGACACUUUUCAUCCCCAAGGAUUACUCUCCAACAGGUUCCCCAAAGACAUGGAAAAGCAACUGCAACAGCUAACAUCUCGCUGGGCCAAGAGGCAGCUCCAGUGCAGCCUCUGCGGUAAGCCUUUCCCCCAGCCGGAGUACCUAUGGAGGCACAUGCAGGUGCACGCGGGGGAGAAACCGCACGGCUGCACCCACUGCUUCUCCCACAGCCACCAGCUGAAGAUGCAUGAGAGGGUGCAUACUGGAGAGAAACCGUUUCACUGUGUCUACUGCUUCACCCAGUCCGGCCACAUGAAGAAGCACCUCCUCGUCCACACUGGCAGCAGGCCACAGGACGUUGGGCUGCCCUGAGUGUUCCAGGGUGAAGUUUCCCCUAGGUACAGAUCUAGGAUCAGCUUCCUCUCCCCAAUCCUAACCUUAACCAUUAGUGGAAGAAAAAAAAUCCAACACUGACCCAAUUACAUAAUCUAGGGGCAACUUCAUACUACUCCACCCGACAUAAUGAUAGGUAGGGGCAGAAGUUUUUCCACACCACGUGACCAGACCAGGGAAAAACUCCUGGCCCUAGUUGUAAGAGGAAUGGCUCCACACUACUGGGGUUUUCAUAUGAAAACUAGGUCUAUGUGUUUUUAACAGUUUGGAUGGUUUCCACAUUGAACACUACCCUCUGUAUGUAGGGGUUGUGUAUUUAGUUAAACUGGCUUGAUGCUUGGUCCAGAGUGUAUUGAUAAUUUACAAGUUAUAACAAGUGAAGAUUUUAAACAUCCUUAUGAAUUUGUAUUGCUGCAGUGGUGGACCAAAGAACAGUAAUUAAGAAUUAAUUUCCAUUUGCCUGUCAACAAGAUACUGUAGAUUGACUAUCAGACUGAUAGGCUGUAAAGAUGUGGAUGGAAUCCAUAUAUACACUACCGUUCAAAAGUUUGAGGUCACUUAGAAAUGUCCUUGAUUUCAAAAGAAAAGCAAUUUUUUUGUCCAUUAAAAUAACAUCAAAUUGAUCAGAAAUACAGUGUAGACAUUGUUAAUGUUGUAAAUGGCUAUUGUAGCUGGAAACGGUUGAUUUUUAAUGGAAUAUCUACAUAGGCGUACAGAGGCCCAUUAUCAGCAACCAUCAGUCCUGUGUUCCAAUGGCACGUUGGGUUUGCUAAUCCAAGUUUAUCAUUUUAAAAGGCUAAUUGAUCAUUAGAAAACCCUUUUGCAAUUAUGUUAGCACAGCUGAAAACUGUUGUGCUGAUUAAAGAAGCAAUAAAACUGGCCUUCUUGAGACUAGUUGAGUAUCUGGAGCAUCAGCAAUUGUGGGUUCGAUUACAGAUUCAAAAUGACCAGAAACAAAGAACUUUCUUCUGAAACUCGUCAGUCUAUUCUUGUUCUGAGAAAUGAAGGAUAUUCCAUGCGAGAAAUUGCAAAGAAACUGAAGAUCUCUCCCUUCACAGAACAGCGCAAACUGGCUCUAACCAGAAUAGAAAGAGGAGUGGGAGGCCCCGGUGCACAACUGAGCAAGAGGACAGAUAUAUUAGUGUCUAGUUUGAGAAACAGGUGCCUCACAGGUCCUCAACUGGCAGCUUCAUUAAAUAGUACCCGCAAAACACCAGUUUCAACGUCAACAGUGAAGAGGCGACUCCGGGAUGCUGACCUUCUAGGCAGAGUUGCAAAGAAAAAGCCAUAUCUCAGACUGCCCAUCAUAAUCUUGUAUUUUUAUUGGCCAGUCUGAGAUAUGGCUUUUUCUUUGCAACUCUACCUAGAAGGUCAGCAUCCCGGAGUCUGUCAUACUGUUGUAAUUUACAAUUUUUUUUGUCAAUUAACUGUUUGUCGUUUAUUUUGUAUUAGAGAUACCACAAAUAGUUAAAUAUUUUAUUUUAGAAAUAUAAUGAAAUGUUGUUUACACCAGAGAACAUCUGGUUUAUUACAUAGCUACAACAUUGUUAUUGUGGAGCACUCCUGUACAGUAGGUGGCGGUGUACAACUUUCAACUCUACAGUUCAGCAUAUGAUUACAUUACUGUGAUGAUGAGGAAAAGGAAAAAUUAUCUCACCAGCUAAAAACAAAGCUAGCUAGCGAUCCAUCUUUACUUUAUGAUAUGAUUGUAUUUGUUUUAGUAGCUUGCUAGAUAACUGUAGACAAUCAAAAUAUAGAAAACAUAAAGACUUUUCAUAUUGAAAAGGGUCCAAAGCGUCAGGGGGACAAUGUCGGGUUCCGUGGUCGAGUUCCAGGCACAGAUAGCCUCAAUCAUGGAGGUGCUAGCCAACGCGGCUGUAGCCGAAAUCUGCAAAAUUGUUGACGAUGACUUUGCGGUUGUACACCUGAAGAUGUCCCAAAGUCACAAGGAGAACGAAUUUCUCCGGAGGAAAAUGAAAUUGAUGGAACUUCAGGUCGCGAGGUUUCGAGCAGAGAGAAUAAAGUCUUCAGAGGGGUCCGUCCACAACCGCUUCCAUGGAAUACGCCUGCUGAACAGACACAGCAAUCGAGAGACUGCAACGACAGGUUGGUGAUAAUGCUGAAUUUGACAGUGUGCACAUAGCCUAAAUUACAUUCAUAUUCAAUUUGACCCCAUCCAUCAAUUGUGUUUUACAAAGUUCAAAGCAAGCAUAAUACAUUCAUUAUGCAUGUAAUGUCAAUACAGUUAGGGCCUAGCUGUAUUAUUGAUGUUCCACCUCAGGAAGCUGAAGAAAUUCGACUUGGCCCCAUUGAGAGCAUCCUUUCGGACUGUACCACAGUCUGGUACUGUAAUUGCACCGUCUGCAACCGCAGGGCUCUCUAGAGGGUGGUGCGGUCAGCCCAAUGCAUCACCAGGGGCACACUGCCUGCCUUCCAGGACAUAUACAGCAUCGGUGUCACAGGAAGGCCAAGAUUAUCAAGGACCUCAGCCACCCGAGCCACGGCCUGUUCACUCACUACCAUCUAGAAGGCGGGUGCAUCAAAGCUGGGACCGAGAGACUGAAAAACAGCUUUUAUCUCCAGGCCAUCAGACUGUCACCACUAGACAGCCUCCGCCCAGUACCCUGCCCUGAACUUAGUCACUGUUACUAGCUGGCUAACACCCGGUACCCUACCCUGCACCUUAGAGAUUGCUGCCCUAUGUACAUAAUCAUUGAACACUGGUCACUUUAAUACUGUUUACAUACUGUUUUUCCCACUUCAUAUAUAUACACUGUAUUCUAGUCAAGGCUCAUCCUAUAUAAAUACUGCUGUACACAAGUUGUCUAUACACACCAUUAUAUACAUAUAUAUUUAUUCCGGACUCUGACAUUGGUCGUUCUGAUAUUUCUUAAAUCCUUUAUGUUUCUUUUUUGGAUUUGUGUGUAUUGUUUUGUAUUGUUAGGCAUUACUGCACAGUUGGAGCUAGAAACAUAAGCAUUUCGCUGCACCUCCGAUAACAUCUGCAAAAUAUGUGUAUGCGACCAAUAAAAUUUGAUUUGAGGAUGUAUCAUGCUUACUUUGUACUGUCAACACAGCUAGGAUCCUUCUAGCUCUAUUGACACAUAACAUACGUCAUGAAUGCAUUAUGCUUGCUUUGUACUUUGUAAAACACCAUUGAUGGAUGGGGUGAAAUUAACCUCCCCCUAUAUUUCCAGGACCUACUUGGCAAAGCAGAGCCAGACUUUCCAACAGGAGUUUUGGGAACAGCAGCAUUCAAAGAGACAGACAGCCCAUAGACGUGGACCAAGAGGAUGUCUCUCCAUCAAAGCAUAUGGAUGCUACAAGUGAUGAGGUAACGCCCAAUUUUAACAGCCGAUUUCAAACUGUCACAGACUUAUGUCUGUUAUAGUCUCGGACACCAGACACUUCCGCCUGGGGAUGAGGUUAUGUCUGUAUAGACGUGUGUGCCAGCACAUUAUAACCAGUGAUGUAGUGGUAAAGAAUAGGUGGGUAAACAGUGAUCGUCGUUCAUGUUGAGUAAAGUAACACUCCCUAUACUUUCAAUGCAUUUUUGCGCAAAAAGUGUGUAAAUGUUUGAACAAAAAACUAAAGGUGGAGUUUACCCUCCACUACACCACUGAUUAUAACACAAUAACAACAAGGCAACUACUAUGAAUUUUACUAAAUCCCAUGUCAUGCCCAUAUCUCCAUUCAGUAGAUAGUGUAUGCUCUGUCUCACUCACUCAUCUCUCCCACUUAACCCCAUCAGCAGUCAGGAGAGACAGAGGAAGGGGAACCAGACCUGCUGAUCAUCAAGGAAGAGGGAGAAGCAGAUGACCAGGACUCUAGGUCCAGCCACCCAGCCAGAACAGUGGAGGGCAGCAGAGAGCUAACCACCCAACCGGCUGCAGCCACCACAGAGGACCCCGCCUUCCAGCCCAGUGGCCCCAGAGGCAACAAUAACAACUACAACGACACCGCUAUGGAGGUCAGUGGAUCUGACGCCAUCCUCCUCCAAUCAGAAACAGGGAAUGUGAACCAGGGACCACAGCAGCACACAGGUUUUGAACCCAGAGCAGAGAGACAGAGUCUGGACACAAAGUGUGACGUGAACGGGGGCCUCAAUCUUCUAAGAGAUUCUUUAAACCAGGUGUGGAGAGAGGUAGUAGUGACUGAUGAUGGUGCCUCUGCUGCUCACACUAAAGUAAUGGACCUAGGGAGUGUCCCAGUGGGCUCAGAAAUGCAGACUAGCUCUACCAUAGAAAUGAGAAGUGUAAGGUUAGAAAACCACAGGUUCCAUUCCUCAUCAGAACAUGUGAUAGUGAUUGACUCUGUAUCCAGUGGGCAGCAGGUAGAUAGAGAUUUUGAGUGGGGUCAGGUGGGUACAGCUACUACACCACAGGUCAAUGGGACUGGACAUAAGCAGGGAGUGGGAGUGUUUAACAGAAACGCACCAAUGAUUCACCCCGAAUCGAUGAGAGACAACACUAUGCAAUUGGUUUCACCCAGCUACCGGCCCUCAGAGAUAAAUACAGGCAUGCAUCUUGGCACAGGAAAUGCAGGUGAUGCUAACAAAGCUAGUUGGUGUUCGUUGGCAAGCCUCCAUAGACAUUCUGAAAUACCAGGAAGAGGAGCUCAAGAACCAGCUCAUACCCAACUUCCUGUCAGCCAAUUUAGACCAAGCGCCACAACUUCCUGUCACUCGAGUAAUCUCGCCACACACGUUAGACCAGGCACCGUAGAACGACCAUACGGUUUCCCGAGCUGCCAUAAGAAGUUUGUCCACGGGAGUGACUUGCAGCAGCACGCUGCCAUCCAGACCAGAAAGCGGGGGUUUGCCUGCACCUUCUGUGAGAAGAGCUUUGAGGGCGCCAGCCAUCUCCAAAUGCACCAGAACGUACACACUGGAGAGAAGCCCUUCAGUUGUGCACAGUGCGGGCGCAGGUUCUCCCACUCCAGCAAUCUGAAAAGACAUCAGAAGCUUCAUCAUUGACAACUGACACAGAAGCAAGAGAUUCCUAUUGAAAAAUGCUGUUAUAGCAAUAUCAUGAGUUCUAACGUAGUCAUAUGUCUGCAGGAUGUUUGCCCUGGUCUCAUACAUCUACAAUACAACGUGGUUCAUAUUUACAUUAUCUACAAAGACUGUUACGUUUUUUUGUCUCCUUGGCUCUUUUAGUGUCAACAGGAUCACUCACAUUGUCUGUUAAGGUUGAUAAUGGUUGGUUCUCUAAAGUUAUGGCAGAUACUGAAAUUGUACUGUGAGAGUGAAAAACUGUUCUUUUGUACCAAUUUGACCAAUGGCUAUUGCUGCAUGUUUAUCAAUUUCUAUAAUUCCAUCAAUAAAUAAUAUUUUUCAAAUAAUUUCAUAGUGCUUCUUGACUCUAAAUAUACAGUACCAGUCAAAAGUUUGGACACACCUACUCAUUCAAGGGUUUUUCUUUAUUUUUACUAUUUUCUACAUUGUAGAAUAAUAGCGAAGACAUCAAAACUAUCAAAUAACACAUAUGGAGUCAUGUAGUAACCAAAAAAGUGUUAAACAAAUCCAAAUAUAUUUUAUAUUUAAGAUUCUACAAAUAGCCACCCUUUGCUUUGAUGACAGCUUUGCACACUCUUGGCAUUCUCUUAACCAUCUUCAUCUUGAAGGAGUUCCCACAUAUGCUGAGCACUUGUUGGCUGCUUUUCCUUCACUCUGCAGUCCGACUCAUCCCAAACCAUCUCAAUUGGGUUGAGGUCAGGGGAUUGUGGAGGCCAGGUCAUCUGAUGCAGCACUCCAUCACUCUCCUUCUUGGUAAAAUAGCCCUUACACAGCCUGGAGGUGUGUUGGGUCAUUGUCCUGUUGAAAAACAAAUGAUAGUCCCACUAAGCGCAAACCAGAUGGGAUGGCGCAUCGCUACAGAAUGCUGUGGAAGCCAGUUUCAUCAUGGUGCUUGAUGGUUUUUGCAACUGCACUUGAAGAAACUUUAAAAGUUCUUGACAUUUUCCGUAUUACUCUGACCUUCAUGUCUUAAAGUAAUGAUGGACUGUCGUUUCUCUUUGCUUAUUUGAGCUGUUCUUGCCAUAAUAUGGACUUGGUCUUUUACCAAAUAGGGCUAUCUUCUGUAUGUCACCUGGUCACAACACAACUAAUUGGCUCAAACGCAUUAAGAAGGAAUGAAAUUCCACAAAUUAACUUAAGAAGGCACACCUGUUAAUUGAAAUGCAUUCCAGGUGACUACCUCAUGAAGCUGGUUGAGAGAAUGCCAAGAGUGUGCAAAGCUGUCAAAGGCAAAGGGUGGCUAUUUGAAGAAUCUCAAAUAUAUUUUGAUUUGUUUAACACUUGUUUGGUUACUAUAUGAUUCCAUAUGUGUUAUUUCAUAGUUUUGAUGUCUUCACUAUUAUUCUACAAUGUAACAAAUUGUAAAAAUAAAGAAAAACCCUUGAAUGAGUAGGUGUGUCCAAACCUUUGACUGGUAGUGUAUAUUCUCACAUUGACCUAAAUAUAUUGGAAGGAAAGGACGUUUUCCUAUUAUAAGUACAGUGAAUUAUUGAAGUCCAAUUUGAGUUUUAUAUGUUUUGAGGACAGAGAAGCUUUAGAUUUGCUGUGUCCAUGAGUUUAGUCAGUAAAUUAACAACUUAAUUCAAUCCAUUGGAUCAAUAAUAUAGCCUAGUCAUAGCGGAGUUAUAAUAGACCUGUAUUUGUUUGAGAGCUUUGUAAGGCUCAUGCCUGUCAACUUAAUUCCUCCCUCCUCUUUUCAGGCCAAAUCUACUGUGGAAGGGGCGAGAGACCUCCAGCCAUGGAAGAAAGAAGAGGAUCUGAGGGAGAUGCCAGGUAAUGCUGAAUGGAUUGCUGUAAUGGUGGCUGUAAGGAAAAAUGACAUACUGAUUGACUACCUCAUUGUUUUAUUUGACUGCAUAUGACCAUCAUGCUUUUGUUGUCUCUUCAGGCACUGACAGUGGCCAGAUAAUGACAGACCCAAACACACAGACCUCUCCAGACACAGACCAAGCAGAGCUCACUGAGCAGCUCAGAACCAAACACAUCAUAGUGAAUGUCAACAGGUCAGACACGGAGCCUGAGAGGCUGAGCCAGGCGCUCCAACUCACAGGUCCAGGACCUGUUGCUAAACAGAAGUGCAGCCUGAACCCCGAGAGAACAACCGAUCUGCCUGGAACCUCCCGUAAGCAAAGAGGCAGUGAUACAGUGACUGAGCGGCCAUCUUGUUCUAGUUAUGCUGCCGAGACAGUCUCAGGAAGCCCCUCGCCUCUCACAAAGGUGAACCCCAUUCCCCCACUUCCUCAGAUGGUGAGGGGUGAACACGAGAAUUCCCAGGGCGGUUCAGAGGUCAAAUCUGAGGUCAUAGUUAUCGACCCCCUUCCUGUUGACGAGGGGGAGGGUGGGGAUGACACGCCCUCUUCCUGGAGACAAGGUGACAUCAUGGAACCCAGGCAUCAUCAAGGAGGACAUAGUGAAGCAGAUGCCAUGCUUCUUGGAGGACAUUGGAGUAACACUCAUCAUCAUCAUUCUCACCCAGGUGUCCAGGCAGCAGCGCGACAGAACUCACAUGAGAAUCUGUUCUACACCAUUGGCAUGGACGGCGCUUUCGACAACCGCCUUGGCACCUUUCAGAACCCCGCAACCACCGCCACUGCUCCAUUCGCCACGGGAACCGGAGAGCUGCAGUACCCCUCCUGGGUGGAUUUCCCUGGGAGCGCCCCCGACACCCACCUGGGUGACAUGACUGGGACUCAUCAGGACAGAGGGGUGGGGGACGAGGGGGCGAGGUCCUACAGGUGCACCUUCUGCGGGAGGGAGUACCCUCAUCAGUGCCAGCUCAAGAUGCACCAGAGGGUCCACACAGGGGAGAAACCGUACGAGUGCGCCCAGUGUGGGAAGCAGUUCAGCCAGCUGUGCAGCCUGAAGCGGCACCAGAGAGUACACACAGGGGAGAAACCUUUCAGAUGCGCUCAAUGCGGGAAACAGUUCUCUCAUUCCAGCAACCUAAAAGUGCAUCAGAGCGUCCAUACGGGUGAGAAACUGUUCCACUGCACCCAGUGUGGAAAGAACUUCUCCUUUCUGAGCAAUCUAAUAAGACACCAGGCAGUUCAUGCACGUAAAUUAUAG